ACCGCCACCACCACCGCCGAUCCUAGUCCGUUCGAAGGGGGCGCCCCCAUUUGAAAAUUACCAAAACAGGGGGCACGUCGGGCCUCUGGGUCGUGCGUUUAUGUGAUAAGGGGAAUCGGGGACGUCGUAGUCUCGCCGACGUGGUAGCCAGCCAUGCAGCCGCCUCCGAGGAAGGGUAAUUUUGCGAAAUUUCUGAAGAAUCUCCACUCGGAACAAGUGAAUAAAUUAGUGCUGAAAAAUCAACACGAAUGUGACCUUUUGGAAGAUAUAAGGACGUUCACUAUCAAAAGGUCUGCGAUAGAAAAAUCAUAUUCAGAAGCGCUCCUGAAAAUAUCGUCCGCAUAUUUGAACAAGAAAAUUCCGAACAUACCCGACAUUAAAUUGGAGGGCGGAGAUGAGAAAUGGAAUAUGUGGAACGUAUGGCGCACUGUGCUCGAGGAGAAUGAAAAGCUUGCGAGAGCCAGGCUGGCGGCCGUCGAAGUAUUCCAGCAACAGAUAGCUGACGAUGCCAAGGUCCUUCGAGCUCACAAACUGCAAAUGGCCAAGAAAGUCGUCGAUCAGUUGGCGCAGGUCCAAAAAGAACUCCAAACCUGCGUUCAGGAUCUCGAUAAGACAAAAAAGCUGUAUUUCGACGAGGAACAUUCGGCCCACGACGUUAGAGACAAGGCACGAGAUAUAGAGGAGAAGCUGAAGAAAAAGAAGGGUUCUUUUUUCCAAUCGAUCACUUCGCUACAGAAAAACAGUCAGAAAUUCUCGACGAAACGAGAUCAACUGGAGGAGAAAUCAACAGGUGCCAGAAACGAUUAUAUUCUUUGCCUUGCCGCAGCAAACGCACAUCAAAAUCGAUAUUUCGUCAUCGAUUUGCAAUUGGGAAUGAGUACCAUGGAGAGCGGGGUUUACGAUAAAGUAGCCGAAUAUUUAACAUUAAUGGGUCGAACUGAACUUCUCACUUGCUCAGCGAUGCAAAAUUCGUUUACCACAAUUCGUGAUCAAGCUAAACAGUUGACCCGCGAGUAUAACCUGCAAUGUUGUUAUUUGUACUAUCCCGUAUUGAAACAACACAUUCAAUAUGACUUUGAGCCCUGCGACAACGAUCCCGUCGACCACGUGACGGCCGAACACGACUCGGCCUCGGCGACGCUGAGCAAAGAGGCGCGCCGCUGGGCAACGAAAAUCGCCCGCGAAAACAAUAACAUCCGGGAAAGCGUGCGGAAAUUGCAACUGUACAACGCCAUGAGGGAAGCCGGACAAAAGACGGAUCCGAACGACCCCAACGGUCCGGACCUGGAAACGAAGAUCGAGGAGAUGAAACAGAACAUCCGGCGGGCGGAAACGGCCAAGACCAAGGCCGAGGCCAGGAUCGAGUGUCUGAGGAGAGGCGGGGUAAACGUGGACGAGUGGCUGCAGGAAGCCGAGUCGCUCAACGUGCAGGAUAUACAAAGAUCGGCCAGUUCGCUUUCGGAUCAUCCCAGUUCCGAUUCGUUUUACGACAGCGAUUUUGCCGAUGGCGAACAAGUAACCGCACCAAUAGAAUCUGUCAAAGUGGAAAAAGAAGCAGAAGAAUCUCCAUCGGCAGCGGAUCACUUCGAGAGCCAAGAGGUGGACGGUGAGUGGGCUGUUUUAGAACAAGAAAGGCAAAGGAUAGAACAGUUAACCGCGGGAUGGGACGAUCCAACUCAAGUUGACUGGGGAGCGGAAGAGGAAGCCAUGGGAACUACCACAGACGACUACAUGGCGGAAGUGACGCAACCUAGCGGACCUUUAUUAAAAUGUACCGCUUUAUAUUCGUACACUGCACAAAAUCCUGACGAGUUAACGAUUGUAGAAAACGAGCAGCUGGAAGUUGUUGGAGAAGGAGAUGGGGACGGUUGGCUCAGAGCGAGAAACUACCGGGGAGAAGAAGGAUAUGUGCCACAUAACUAUUUGGAUAUCGAAAGAGAACAGUCAGCUACUACCCCUGGUCUCCAAACGCAAAUAUCCUUCUCCUCUGUAGAUUAUACCGUGGAUAACGAGGAAGAAAAUCAACCUCAGACUGAAACAACUCAAUCCCCGGAACAAGUUUCAGUUAUAUCCAUGCCAAUCCAAAAAACUACAAGUGGUAGCGACGCUCCGAUAUCAUACUGUAUAGCCUUGUACGACUAUGACGGAGAAGGAGGUGAAGAAUUAACGUUUGAAGAAGGGCAAAUCAUUAAAGUACUCAGCAAAUGCGCUCACAGUAUUGACGAUGGAUGGUGGCAAGGCGAACUAGAUGGUCAAAUAGGCAAUUUUCCAUCCCUAGUCGUGGAAGAAUGUGACGAAUUUGGCGAACCACUAACGAAUCAGUGGGACGAGACACCACCCCCGUCUGCACCUCCCGUUUUUACACCACCAGAUAUUCCUAGUUUUUUAAAAGAAGAGAUUGAUAUUAUACCUGAAGAUACACCGACUAGUGAUGUUCCUCAAGAACCGGCCCCUGUUCUCAAAACAGAAGAAGUUACACCCCCUCCAGAAAGUAAAGAAGAAAAGAAAGGUACCGAAGUAGAAGGGUCGGGAAAUAAUUUUUCUAUGGCAUUAACUCGGGACCAACACGAACAAUACGGAACCCAAUUUCAAGGCGAUGAUGUUCCAACGAUACCAACGAUCGGAGUCCCCAGCUUAGAAAUAAGCGACGAGACGGGCGCCACCGUCGAACCGCCCGCCGAUAGAACGGAGGGAGGGGACGAUUUCGGACUGGGCGUGGCUCAGAUCGUCAUCACCGCUGCCACGCCCAUGAUGGAGGAGCCGGAGCAUCCGUUCCCGCCUCCCGAGGACGAGGCCUCGCCGGUCGUCAACCACCAGAACGACGUCAUCGUCGAGGAAGACGAAGAGGCGUACGAGGAGGAGGAGGAGGAGUUGGCGGGGAGGAACCAGGGUUACCAGGGCGCGGUAAACACGAAAUGCAACGGCGAGAAACGGUGCGAACGGAGCAAAAGUGAUAACGUAGACUCGGAACCUAUCGUGGAAGAACCUAGCGAGGUAUCUAAAAAGGAAGACAUUGUAACGAAUAGAGACUUUGAUGUAGAGGUAGAAGAAAUAGAGGAACCGGAACCGACUGCGGAUUCUGGUUCUGGCCAGUUUAUUGUUAGUAGUAGUACAGGUAGUGAUGGCGAAACCACUGGUCCCAGCACUGCAGAAAAUUCUGUAAGCCACGCCCCUCCGCCAUCUUCCGCCGACCCGGACACGCCCAAGCAGGUGGUGGGGGGUCGCGCUAGUAUUCCCGAUGAACUGGAACCGCACCAGCUUGCACGACUACAGGACCUCAAAGAGUCAAAUGCCUAAGAAUUUUGGUUUAACUGGUUAUUUACUUAUCCAGGCUACGCUUCUCGAAAUACCUUGUUAAAUGCUGUUUUGAAUGCGCGUAAACGAUAAAAAAAACAUUCCGACCCGUGGACUGACCAACUGGUGCGAGGUAGGUUGGAUUGCUGCGCCGAACAUGACACCAUUGAUGCCUAGACGUGGUGAUACCGGAAGAUACAGGUUGCUGCCUGCGCAGCGAUCGAACCGCAAGCGCAGAACGGCGAGGUUACAGAAACGACACUCCUCAAGUUUCCAUAACUUUACUGGUUACGAUUUACCGUAAUCUUUAAGUUUUCAUAACUUUGCUGGUUACGAUCCGCCGUAAUUUAUAAAUUUAUUACCGACUAAUUGAAAUGACACUUCAUAGUAUAGUCUAAGAGCUAGCAGCGUUUUCGAGAAAGUAUUUUAAGAAAGCUGGCUCUUUAAAUAUGCCGAUAUACGUUGCGUUCACUACUGCGCAUGAAAGAAGAUCCUAUAUUUUGUAUCCUAGAAUUUAAAGGACUAAAUAAAGAUAUAGGAACUUCUUUCGAUGGGUAGUAGUGAACGCAACGUCUAUCGGUAGCCAGACGGCCUGCCCGCUGUUCCAGAGAGCAUAGUAAAAGAUAUAUCAAAGAGCUUCCUUAAAAUACUUGUUUUCCAGACGUUGCGUUGCUAGCUCUCGCACUAUUAUUUUUGAUAUACUAAAAAUCACGAAAUCUUUUCCCAUUUCAAUAUUUGACAUCGUGUCACACUAGAAUUGUGUCGCUUCUGUAAACUCCCUAUUCUGUACGACAUGGGAAGUACCUAGGCGCGCGUAAAUUUCGGUACCUACUUUGUUACGAAUUUGUUAAGAGAAAAAUGUAAUAAUUGAUAUUACGAGUUUUAUAUUAGGGGCGGUGUUAUAGAUGUUAGUUUAUCGCUGAUGUUUGUUAAUACGUACGAGGACGGGUUUGUUGUCUUCUAAUGAAAGUAUAUUUUCUAUGGGAGAAGCAAAAUGUACAUGAUAAUCUGCAUUAAUUUUUUGUCAUAAAUACAUAAAGCUAUUGACAACGCUGAUUUGCUUUUAAGUAUAUACAGGUAAAUAAAUGCAUAAUGGUUUUAAUAGAAAAAUACAUUGUUUAGACAAUGACAAACAAAUUUUAUGGCCAACGAAAAUAGGCUUAUUUCUAUUAAAUUGACAAAUGAUAUAAAACUAAUAAAAUAUAUAAGUAACUUAAUUUUAAGUAGAUUAUUAAGUUAAUAAAUGACAAUUUCAGUUAAAGUAGAUAAUUGUGUACAGGAUGUUGAAAAUAUUCAUUUACAUUAGUAAAGUGUAUACGAUUUUAGUUUUG